AGCCAUGUUAUAUUGCUGGUUUACAAUUUCUUUCCCAAUUAGGGCUCUUCACUCCAAAACCUUCCUCUCUUCUGAAUGUGAGACGCGCACUGAGCUGCCCCAAAUUGAAGAUGAAGCUGAAGCAGUUAGAGGGCCUUCUUGGUUCCCUUCAACAGUUCGAAACUCCAAAGAUUGAACUGGAACAAUAUCCAACUGGACCCCACAUUGCGUCUCGGUUGCUCUACACUAUUCCAUCCUUUAGCAUAAUUCAGGCAGAGAAUUCAUUUGGGGAUGUGUCGGAUAAGGUGGUGGCAGAUUUUGGUUGUGGGUGCGGUACACUUGGACUGGCUGCUGGUCUUUUGGGUGCAGAGCAUGUUAUUGGCUUUGAUAUUGAUGCGGAGUCUAUUGAAAUUGCAUCCUUAAAUGCAGAUGAGCUAGAGUUAGACAUGGAUUUCAUUCAAUGUGAUAUCAGGAACUUAAGAUUGUCAGAUCGAGCUAUUGAUACUGUAGUAAUGAAUCCUCCUUUUGGGACGAGGAAGAAAGGAGCUGAUAUGGAUUUUCUGUCUAUGGCUUUGAAGGUGGCUUCUGGAGCAGUUUAUUCCUUGCACAAGACCACAACGAGAGAUCACAUCAAAAGAACUGCAUUAAGAGAAUAUAAUGCAAGCAGUGCCGAGGUUCUAAGUGAGCUUCGUUUUGAUGUGCCCCAACUCUACAAAUUUCACAAGAAAAAGGAGGUUGAUGUAGCUGUGGACUUGUGGCGAUUCGUUCCAAAUAACAAUCGACCAAAGCAUUUGUAGAACUGUAGCAGGUACCUCUAGCUGGCCCGAAAAGAUCUUUAAGUAUAGCAUUUUCAACAGAACAAUAUUCUGUUGGGCAAUUGAGGUUCUUUCACAGACAUGAUCUUGUAACCAGUAUGCAGGGUUGAUUUCCCUUGGAUAUCAUGUUUCCCGGAUCAUAAAAAAACUUAUAAUUUACUUUGUACUUGACUACUUGUACAGAAUAUCCUACUCGACACGCCACAAGCACAGAGUCGAGGUGUAUCAAUUUGUUGCCCUCGUUCCA